AUGUCUGUGGCAAAUAAAGGUGCCAACGACCAAGCAGUCAGGGGCGAGAGCUCUUCGGCUAAAGUCACAGAUUUCUUUGUGACAAAGUCAGACAGUGUGCAGUGGCUGGAGCUCGUGCUUGGUUGGCUCAGCAAAGUGUUUGCCAGCGAGGCGGACGGAGACGUUACUCCCAGUAUUCCCAGUAUUCCCAGUAUUCCCAGUGUUCCCAGUGUUCCCAGUGUUCCCAGUACUCCCAGCAGCGUGCAGGUGGGCCAGCCGUCCUCCAGCAGCUCGGUCCUGAAGCAGUGGAGAUGCCACAUGCAUCAGUUCUUCUGCAGGAUCUACGUCAACAUGAGGAUCGAUGAGCUCUUCAGUAUCAUCAGAGAUUUCCCAGAAUCCAAAGCGGCCAUCGAGGACCUGAAGUUCUGUUUGGAACGAACCAAUCAGAGGCAGCAGCUGCUCACGUCGCUCAAAUCCGCCUUCGAGAGCCGACUGCUGCAUCCGGGCGUUCACACCUCGGACAUCCUCACCGUUUACAUCUCGGCCAUCAAGGCUCUCAGAGAGCUCGACCCGUCCAUGGUCAUCCUGCAGGUCGCCUGUCAGCCCAUCCGCAAAUACCUCCGGACUCGUGAGGACACAGUGAGGCAGAUCGUCGCCGGUCUGACGGGAGACGCCGAGGGCUGCACCGAUCUGGCCUCCGAGCUGUCCCGAGGAGACCCCGUUACCUUGGAGAUGCAGGACAGCGACGAGGAAGGCGCCGACCCCGAGGACUGGACUCCAGACCCGACCGACGCCGUGCCCGAUAAAACGGGCUCGAAGCGUCGCUCCUCUGACAUCAUCAGCCUGCUGGUCAGCAUCUACGGCAGUAAAGACAUCUUCAUAGACGAGUACAGAGCCAUCCUGGCCGACCGGCUGCUGCACCAGCUCAACUACAACACGGCCAGGGAGAUUCGUAACGUGGAGCUGCUCAAGCUGCGGUUCGGAGAGUCUCACAUGCAUUACUGUGAGGUCAUGCUGAAGGACAUGGCGGACUCUCGGAGGAUCAACAGUAACAUCCGUGAGGAGGAGUCGAGGCUGAGCGAGGAGGAGCAGCCUCCUCUGUCUCUGUCGGCCAUCAUCCUCUCCUCCGAGUUCUGGCCUCCUCUGAAGGAGGAGAAGCUGGAGCUCCCUCCUCUCGCCUGCCAGGCCAUGGAGGCGUACACACACCGCUACGAGAAGCUCAAGGCCAUGAGGACUCUGAGCUGGAAGCCUCACCUCGGCUCCGUCACUCUGGACGUUGAGCUGGAGGACCGAACGUUGACGCAUCUCACCGUGUCUCCGAUCCACGCUGCCAUCAUCCUGCACUUCCAGGACAAAAGCUCGUGGACUCUGGAGGAGCUGAGUGUGAAGCUUGGCGCCCCGAAGGAGCUGGUGCACAGGAAGCUGGCUCUGUGGCAGCAGCACGGCGUCCUGCGGGAGGAGGCGGGCGGACGCUACUACGUGGUGGAGACGGGCUCGUCCAGAGAGAAGAUGGAGAGAGGAGUGAUGCUCAUCGACAGCGACGAGGAGAGAGACUCCAACACCACCACCCAGUCUGAGCAGAGGGAGGAGAAGCUGCAGUUGUUCUGGGCCUACAUCCAGGCCAUGCUGACCAACCUGGACAGCAUGACGCUGGACCGCAUCCACUCCAUGCUCCGGAUGUUCGUCGCCACGGGACCCGUCGUCACGGAGAUGGACGUCAACGAGCUGGAGGCCUUCCUGCAGAGGAAGGUCAGGGAGCAUCAGCUGAUAGUCUCGGCGGGCGUCUACAGGCUCCCCAAAGCCAACUGAAGGAGGAGGAAGAGGAGGAAGAGGAAGAAACUGCUGAAGUGUGACGGACGGUGCAUUCAGGCGCCGUAGAUAAACACGGGAAAUUCCAAAGUUUAUGUCAGCUCUUAGUAAAUGUCGUUUUUCAGACUCAUUCUGACAUCGCGGAGAAGAAACUGUGAGAGAGAGAGAGAGAGAGAG